UAUACUAUAAGAACUUUCGGAGAAAAUAUAAUUUAUUUAAUGCUUGUAAUUUAUUAUACGAUAUUUGCAAAAAACCUAUCUGAAAGGCGUACCUACAGUAACGCAUAGACCAGUGACCAUAGACUACAGAGUUGUAGAGGUGUAGUUGACCCGUGUGUCAAACCUUUUCUUUCCGACCCAGCCAAGAUGGGUAUAAGCCGUGAUCACUGGCAUAAGCGAAGGGCUACUGGAGGCAAGCGUGCGCCCAUUCGCAAGAAGAGGAAGUAUGAGUUAGGUCGCCCAGCUGCCAAUACCAAGCUUGGUCCUCAGCGCAUCCACUUGGUGCGGUCUCGUGGUGGCAACACUAAGUACCGUGCCCUGCGUCUUGACACUGGAAAUUUCUCGUGGGGUUCAGAAUGCUCCACUCGCAAAACCCGUAUCAUUGAUGUUGUGUACAAUGCAUCCAACAAUGAAUUGGUUCGUACUAAAACACUGGUGAAGAAUGCCAUUGUGGUUGUGGAUGCCACACCUUUCAGGCAAUGGUAUGAGUCUCAUUACCUGCUACCCCUUGGAAGGAAGAAGGGAGCCAAGCUGACUGAGGCAGAAGAAGCAAUCAUAAACAAGAAACGGAGCCAAAAGACAGCGAAGAAGUAUUUGGCUAGGCAGCGCCUUUCCAAAGUUGAAGGUGGUCUUGAGGAGCAAUUCCACACUGGAAGAUUGUUAGCUUGUGUUGCGAGCAGACCCGGUCAGUGCGGCCGAGCUGAUGGUUACAUCUUGGAAGGAAAAGAGCUUGAGUUCUACCUAAGAAAGAUCAAAUCCAAGAGGGCAAAGUAAUGUGUAAUGUAUAAAUAAACAUAAAAACAUAUA